UGAAUAAUAUAUGUUUCAUGAGAGAUAUUUUUAUAUUUAAACAAUUUGAAAGCCAUAUAUAUAUGUGACCUUACAUCAAGCAAGAAAAUGCACUCUGUUAACAUGGCUAACAAGCUCUCUUUCUUCUUUUGCAUUCUCCUUGUUUCACUGGCUGUUGAUUCUUUUUGGUCCUCAAACACUCAAGUGAUGGCUUUGCGAGAUCUACCUUUAUUAGAAGAAGCUGUACAAGUAAUUGAGCAGAUUGUACUUCGAGAUGUGCGUUGUUUCGACCGUUGCAAGACUAAUGCAGAUUGCAAAAAUGUAAUAGGCCCGAGAAAGUGUACGAAUUGUCGUAAGGGUUAUACGUCUGUGAAAAAGUGCUACGCUAAUUGACCAAUUUUGUGUGUUAACUUGUAAGACUAAGAAUAUAAUUAAGUGACUUUAUCGUUCUGAAUCCUACUUCAUAUAAAAGAAAGCAACUAAGUUUAUGUGCUUCA